GGAGGCCCCCUCUGAAGAGCUCCCUGGACGCUGCAGCAGGACACAGGGGGAUCCGUUUUGUGGAACAGUCCUCGCCCGGCUCUGCACGAGGCCUGGAGAUGUCUCUCCUCAUCCAGCCCGAGAGCUGAGAUCCGGCCCGGAGUGUCACCACUCGGCCCUGCAGCUUCACGGAUGCUCCCAGGCUGCAGCGGGAGGCAGUGACAGCACUGGAGCCAAAGUUCAGGAGUUCCUGUUUCCCACAGCUGUGCACCUCCCCGGACGCGAAGCACUGUGCACGAGGCUCGCCGGUCACUCAGCUGCUCCUCCCAGCCCUGCAGGACCCCGGGGCCGUGCAUUGGGACCCCCGGGGCGUGGCGAGGUUUGACUGGAGCCCCCGGGAAGCAGGUGGAGCAGGAACGCCUGGGCUCCCCUGCCCCUGGUGCCGUGCAGCAUGGUCCUGCGGGAGUCUCCGUUCCCGAACCGGCUCCUGAGUGGCCUGUACAGCCUGGGCCAGUACCUGCUGUUCCCCAGCUACUGGGCCGCUGACUGCCUCCUCGACCUCAGGGAGACCACGGCGGAGCAGCAGCAGCGUCGGUGCUGCCGCUGCUGCCCGCUGCGGGCACUGGUCACCGGCCCCUUGCUGCUGCUGCUCCUCAUCCUCUCCAUGCCCAGCGCCCUCUUGGGCCUGCUGGUGUGGCUCCCCAUGCAGGCUGCCCGCAGGCCCUUCGCCUACAAACACAACAUGCUCUCGCGCCACCCAGAGGUGUGGGAGCUGCCGGGCACAGGCAAGGUCUUCAGCUUCGUCAGCGCCAACGUGUGCCUCCUGCCCAACGGCCUGGCCAAGUUCAGCAACCUGGGACAUAUGAAGCAGCGGGCGGCCCGCAUCGGCCAGUGCCUCACGCAGGGGGAGGCUAGCGCCAGCUUCGCCAGCCCCAGGAGCAGCCAGUUUCUGCUGCCCACCAAGUACGGGGCCACCAUGGCCAGCCCACCGAGGCCGGAGAGCCAUACCCACCGCCCUGGCGCCAGCAUGGUGAUUGAGCUCCCUGACAGGGAGGGAGAGGCUGGGCCCGGGGAGAUCUCGGUGCCCUUCCCGCCGGACGUGGACUUCGUGUGCCUGCAGGAGGUGUUUGACCAGCGGGCGGGCGCCCACCUGUGCCAGCUGCUGAGCCCCUUCUACGAGCACAUCGUGUACGACGUGGGCGCCUACGGGCUGCAGGGCUGUUCUCUCAAGGUGCAGCUGGGGGCAGCACACGGGCAGCGGAUUGUGGGCUACCUGAACUGCACACACCUGCACGCUCCAGCCGCCGAUGCACAGAUCCGCUGUGACCAGCUCACCCAGGGGCUCUUCUGGGCACAGCUGUUCCAGGACACCCACACGCAGCGUGGGGACGUCAUCGCCUUCGACGUGUUCUGCGGGGACUUCAACUUCGACAACUGCUCCUCAGGGGAUGAGUUGGAGCAGACUCAUGAGAUCUUCCGCCAGUACCAAGACCCAUGCCGAGUGGGGCCCAGGCAGGACCGGCCCUGGGCCAUAGGCACCCUGCUGAACUACCUGCAUAUCCACGAGGAGGCCGUGUCGACCCCUGAGAAGCUGAAAAGGACCCUGGAGCAAGAGGAGGGCAGACGGACGUACCUGGCAGGUCCCAUCCUGCAGGACGGCCGCCCCGACCCCUCGGCAGCAGGAAGCCCCUGGGAAGGGCGCCGCAUCGACUACAUCCUGUACCGCGAGCACCCCACCACCAUCAGCCUGACAACGGAGGUGGAGAAGUUUUCCUUCAUCACCCAGCUGGCCGGGUGCUCGGACCACGUGGCUGUCGGGCUGCGGCUGCUCCUGAACGCUGCACCGCAGUGGCAGCAGCAAGUGUGAACCCCAGUGUCCGGGGUGGAAGAUCGAUGGACAGUGCUCGUUAUGGUGGGUGGGGCUGGGCCCUUCCCCUCCGUGUGCAUCCCCUCCACCGGACUCGGAUAGGCUGCAAGGUCUGGGAUCGGAUGGAGCUGGCUGGACCAAGAGGCCCCUGGGGCUGUGCAAGGCUGUGUGGGGCUAGAGUCGCCCCCAGGUGCUCUGGUGGUCCCAUGGGAGGUGGUCUGUGCUGGCCAGAGCCCCCCACUCAGUGCCCCAGGAGGGGGACAGCCUCAGCACCUGGUUUCCAGGCUGGCGGAGGCCCCAAGUUGAGGCAUGCUGCUCUACUGCACCAGUGGGGCCCAGCAUCCAUGGGUCUGAGUUCAGGGUCCCCGGGGGGGUUGCAGGGGUGUGGAGCUGCCUCUGCAGACCUCACCCACUGCAGCAGGACGACAGGACGGCUAUUUCCCAGGCUGCCAGCCAGCUUCUCCCCCGGCUCAGUGUCAUGGGCUCCUUGGGCCCCCUCCCCAGCCCGUGAGCUGGGUGUUAGCUGGGCAGGGGCUCCCUGGCACUGGCAUGGGGGCCGUGUCUGCCCCUGCUCAGCACCACGAGGCCUGUCUGUCCCCCAGCAGGGCAGAGUGCUCUUCAGCUGCGCCAUGGUUGCCAGGAGGAGUUCCCCACUGACCCUGCUCACCCGACCUUGGCAGUGUGCCCCUGUGGGGUCGGGAGCUGGAAUUAAUAAAGCUUCCAAAGCA